AGUAGCCUACCCACACCAAGCUCGUUCGAUCGAGUCCGUCCUCCAUCCGGUUGGGGCUUUGGCCAUGGCUCCGCUGCUUUUCGCUCCCUUCUUAUUCACAUCUCCCCCCUCCACGUCUCUCACCAACUACCAGUAGCACCGCAGCCCACCAGCUUCGCUGCCUCAUAUCUCCUCUUCCUUCUCCAUAGCCUCUCUUCUCCUGUCCAGUAUCUCUGCGUCGAUCCACCCCGCCCUCCUCUUCAUCUUCAUGUUCUUCCUAGCUAAUCGGUGAAUCCGCCUCCUCUUAGCUAACCAAUCGCCCUUAAACCCGUCGACAAAAUAACGAAACGAGAACAAGCAGGCCGCGUGCGUGUGCAGUAGGUGUAGACCAUCGAUCGUAUCUAGGUUUGAGUUGCUGCUGGAUCUUGGAUUUGCCGGAGUUACGUGCGUAGCUAGCCGCUGGCAGUGAGGUUACCGCAUCUUUGGGGUGCCUUGACUGGUUGAUCGAUCGGGAAGCCCGGGCGAUCGAUGAUGGCAGGCGCAGCUCAUCCGAUGCAUUUCUGCAUGGACUCCGACUGGCUCAAGGGCAUCGUCCCCGAGGACCAGGGAGGGAUGGGGUCGUCGUCGCCGUCGGGGGAGCUGAUCAUCGCGUGCCCGGAGCCGAUGCAGGCCCAGCAGGCGGCGGACCGGCGGCUGCGCCCGCAGCACGACCAGCCGCUCAAGUGCCCGCGCUGCGACUCCACGCACACCAAGUUCUGCUACUACAACAACUACAGCCUCUCCCAGCCCCGCUACUUCUGCAAGACGUGCCGCCGCUACUGGACCAAGGGCGGCUCCCUCCGCAACGUCCCCGUCGGCGGCGGCUGCCGCAAGAACAAGCGCGCCAGCGCCGCCAAGAAGCCCUCGGCUGCCGCCGCCAUCGCGCCGCCGAUUUCGAUGAUGCAGCAGCUUCAUCACGGCCGGCACAUGGCGGAGACCGGCCUCCACCUGUCCUUCUCUGGGAUGCAGCCGCCGGCGGUCUCUGCCGCCGACCCGCUCUGCAGCCUCGGGCUCUUCGACUGGAAGUACGACCACAUCCUCUCGGGUUCCGGCGGCUUUGAGAGCGCGAACUCUGAGGCUCACUUCACCGGGCCAGGCAUGAUGGGCAUUGCCAACGGAAGCGGCGGAGGCGGCGCAGAGUACCACGCACUGAACGCGCUCCGGUACGCAGCCGGCCUUGGAGAGCACCUCGCGCUUCCGUUUGGUGGCGCGACGUCGCGGGCUGAGCGUGACAGUGUCGUCGCCGAGAUGAAGCCGCAGGCGGAGAGGCUGCUGUCGCUGGAGUGGUGCGGCGAGGCGAGCCGCGCGCCGACGGAGACCUCCAUCAGCUCCCUGGGCGGGCUCGGCCUGUGGAGUGCCAUGAUCACCGGCGCCGCCCACCAUCACCAUGGCUCCUCUGCCGCCAUCUGAACGAGGCGAAGCAUCGUGUCAACGCCCCCAUGCACGCAUGCAUGCGUUAGUGGUUUGCUAAUACGCAUUGACGAGUGCGAGGACUACGUAGAAGUGAUUGCCUUUUUCUUGCUUGCUCCCUGUGUGGUUUCAUGCAUGAUCUGCUGCUGUUUCUUUUCCUUUGCUUUUGUUCACAUCGUUUGUUUGGAUCGAUGUUUGCACCCCUUAUGUUUCAAGUGUUGUACUGGACAAUGUUCCGUGUUGCACAGCUUCACACGUUGCUGUGGCUCGAUCAAUUAAGUUUGUGACUUGUUGCUGCCUAA